AUGGAGCCACGGCAAACUCCAAAGAGAAGAAGCCCGGAGAACACAGGAAGGAUCGCCGCACAGUGGGGGACCUCGAGCCGGCCCGACGGAUCCAGUGAUCAGCGGAAGCACCAACCAGAAGCGGCGAGGAUGGCCGAAGAUGGUGACGGUCGCAUGGAUGCGGGAGCUCGCCCACCCACCGCUAUGGCGAGAGCUGCCGUCAAGCUGCCGAAGUAUGAUGGUGCCGGCUCACUGGAGCUCUUCAUCAAGCAGACACGAGUCGCCGCUACUCAUGACGGCUGGAGUGACCAAGACACCUCCGCGCAUUUAGCCCUGGCCUUGGAAAGCAAGGCCCAGCAAGUUCUCCUCGACUUGGCGCCGGGAGAAGAGCGGGUCCUGGCUGCGUUAAUCACCACACUUGAGCAGCGCUUCGGGCGGCGCACCGUAGAGGCUGCUGAGAGAGAAAAGCUGAAUAAUCGCCGCCGCCGUGAAGGAGAGAACUUGGGCUCCUUCGCCGCUGACGUCCAGCUAUACACACGGCAGGGCUUCCCCACCUUCCCCGUAAGCAUGCUGGAGGAACUGGUCCUCCACGCAUUCCUGCAAGGACUCACACCCGAGCGGCUGCGUCAGCAUGUGCAGCUCGCUACCCCACAGACCUUGGAGGAGGCCCUCCGGGAAGCAGAACGAGCUAAGACGAUCCUCUCUACACCACGGGUUGGCGCCAAAUCACCGCCCCGUGUUCGUCUGGCAGACACCGCCGAAGAAGAAGCUGAAACAGCCCUCCAGGCACAGCGCUCCACAUCGCCCCAAACAAUUCGUCGGAAAUGCUGCGAAGAUGACCGCUGUUACCGGUGUGGCAAGCCAGGCCACGUCGCAAGAAACUAUCCGUCGCCCGCCCCAAAAAGUCAGGCUCCGGGAAAUGGGAGAGGAGCGGCACCCUGCACGAAAGGGCUGUAUCUGUCCUGUAAUGUAAACAAUCAACCGUGCCACGCCCUCGUCGACACCGGCUCCACCAUCUCCAUUGUGCGGCCUGGCUUCCUCCCCGACACAGCGGACCGACUCGCCGCCGACUGGGCCCCCACCGACGUCAAGCUGAUGACCAUCUCCGGGGAGAAGAUCGACAUGGCGGGGAAGAAGCAGCUGACUGUCCACACCGGCAACCAAGACAUAAAACACGAAUUCUGGCUCGCUAAUAUCCAGGCCCCCUGCAUCAUCGGUCUGGACCUGCUGAGCCGCUGGAGAGCCAAGAUCGACGUAACCAGAGGCAGCAUCAUCCUGGGGUCCCACAUCCUCCCGCUCCAGCCUGACCGGAAGAAACACUGCCGAGUGGGGCAGACGGACGACUCCGCCCACUCCGAGAAGCAGUCGUCAACUACAUCCGCAGAACCAGCCUCGCCGCCGUCGCAGAGCAGCCCCUCCGUUGAAACCGCCGAGGCGAUUAACAAACUGUGGCAGCGUAGCAGCAUCAGGCUAACUCCGCACCAGCAGCAGCAGCUGAGAGAGCUUCUGGGGCAGUUCCGAGAUAUCUUCGCGGCCAACACCAAAGACUGCCAGCGAACCUCCCUCGUCCAACACCACAUCGAGAUGGGGGAUGCCCCGGCCAUCCGACUACGCCCCCACCGGCUCACGUUCACAAAGCGGCAGGCAGCAGAGGAAGUACUCCAGGAAAUGAUUGACGCUGGGGUAGUGGAGCCCUCUGACAGCCCCUGGGCCAUGCCGGUUGUGCUGGUGAAGAAGAAAGGAGGCAGGUGGUGGUUCUGUGUGGAUUACUGGCAUCUCCACAACGUAACCAAGAAAGACUUCUACCCACUGCCGCGUAUUGAUGGCGCCCUCGACUACAUCUCCGGUUCCAGCUGGUUCAGCUCCCUCAGCCUCCACAGCAGCUUCUGGCAGGUGGAGCUCGCCCUCGAGUCGAGACCAAAAACUGUGUUCACUUUUGGCCAGGGGCUGUGGCAGUUCCGGGUCAUGCCGUUCGGGCUCUGCAACGCUCCGGCAACAUUCGAGGCUGAUGGAGAGGUACACGCUGACAGCUUCAAGAGAGCCCUCGCCAACUUAAAAGAAGUCUUCGAGCGCAUCCGCCGGGCCGGGCUGAAGCUGCACCCAGGGAAGUGCCGCCUGCUGAGCCAGGAAGCGGAGUUCCUGGGGCAUGUCGUCAGCGCUCGGGGUGUGGCCACCAACCCCAGCAAGGUGGGGGCAGGCUGGGACUGGCCGCGGCCGACCAACGUCAGUGAACUCCGAAGCUUCCUGGGACUGGCCUCGUACUACUGCCGCUUCAUGAAAAACUUCGCCACCAUCAUCAGCCCACUCCACCGGCUGACCGACAAGGGCCGGCCGUUCCAGUGGGACGACAGCUGCACCGCCGCCUUCUACUCCGUCCAAGCUGCGCUGACUGAGGCUCCAGUCCUGGCGUAUCCAUCUCCAAACGAGCCGUUCAUCAUGGAUACUGACGCCAGCAAUGUCGGUGUGGGAGCGGUGCUGUCCCAAGGAGAAGGAGAGGCCAAGAAGGUCGUGGCCUACUUCAGCAGAGUGCUGAGCUGGUCCAAGCGGAACUACUGCGUCAUGCGAAGAGAGCUGCUGGCAGUGGUGCUGGCUCUGCGGCAGUUCUGGCCGUAUCUCCUGGGCCGGCGGUUUCUCCUCUGCACCGAUCACGCUUCGCUGACAUGGCUGCUGAGCUUCAAGAACCCAGAGGGCCAGGUGGCUCGCUGGAUUGAAAUUCUCCAGGAGUUUGACUUUGAGAUCCGGCACCGGGCGGGGUCAGCUGAGUGCCAUUACUGUCAGCCGCAGGAGGAGCGGGGACCCAAAGUCCAGAGUGCGGACGUGGUGAGUAUCACCCACGGUCUAUCACUCUGCGCUGCUGAGUUACAGGCGUCCCAGGUGGCGGAUGAAACGCUGAAAUUCCUCCAGAGAUGGCUGGAGGCGGGCCAGCGGCCUGAGCGGGCCGAGGUGGCUGGCUGUGCGCUUGAGGUGAAGGCGUACUACUCACAUCUCAGCUCAAAGUCAACUCCAGAUGUUUCUCUGUUCCAGCUGCUGGAGGACAACAUGCUGACAUUCAUGAAGGGGGAGCUGAAGAAGAUGAAGAAGCUCCUGAGUCCAGAUUACCCAGCAUGCUCAUGGAGUGUGCGGGAGGAUGAGGAUGAAGAGCAGAGGGGCAGCAGAGAAUCAUUUCUGAUGUUCUCACUGGACUUCCUGAGGAGGAUGAAGCAGGAGGAGCUGGCUCAGCGUCUGAGGAGCAGAAUUUCUGCUGGAGUCUGCCAACAGAAACUGAAAUGUGGCCUGAAGAAGAGGUUCAAGUGUGUGUUUGAGGGGGUCUCUGAAGGAGGACAGUCCACUGAGCAGAACCAGAUCUACUCAGAGCUCCACAUCACAGUGGGAGGGACUGCAGAAGUCAGUGAGGAACAUGAGGUCAGACAGGUUGAAACAGCAUCCAGGAAACCAAACACAGAAGAAAGAAGCAUCAGACCAGGAGACAUCUUUAAAGACUCAUCUGGAAGAUCUCAACCAAUCAGAACAGUGCUGACAAAGGGAGUGGCUGGCAUUGGGAAAACAGUCCUGACACAGAAGUUCACUCUGGACUGGGCUGAAGACAAAGACAACCAGGACAUCCACUUCAUAUUUCCAUUCACCUUCAGAGAGCUGAAUGUAGUGAAGGAGGACAAGUUCAGCUUGGUGGGACUUGUUCAUCACUUCUUCAAAGAAACCAAAGAAGCAGGAAUCUACAGCUUUGAAGAAUUCCAGGUGAUCUUCAUCUUUGAUGGUCUGGAUGAGUGUCGAUUCCCUCUGAACUUCCACCAGACUGAGACCCUGACUGAUGUUACAGAGCCCACCUCAGUGGAUGUUCUGCUGAUAAACCUCAUCAGGGGGAAACUGCUUCCCUCUGCUCACAUCUGGAUCACCACACGACGUGCAGCAGCCAAUCAGAUUCCUGCUGACUGUGUGGACAGGGUGACAGAGGUCCGAGGGUUUAACGACCCCCAGAAGGAGGAGUACUUCAGGAGGAGGUUCAGAGAGGAGGAGCAAGCCAGCAGGAUCGUCUCCCACAUCAAGAAAUCACGAAGCCUCGACAUCAUGUGCCACAUCCCGGUCUUCUGCUGGAUCACUGCUGAAGUUCUGGAGGAGGAGUUGAAGAGCAGAGAGGGAGGAGAGCUGCCCAAGACCCUGACUGAGGUGUUCAUCCACCACCUGGUGGUCCAGGUCAAAAUGAACAAGGUCAGGUUUGAUGGAGGAGCUGCUACAGAUCCACACUGGAGUCCAGAGAGCAGAAAGGUAAUGGAGGCUCUGGGAAAACUGGCUUUUGAUCAGCUGCAGAAAGGAAACCCAAUCUUCUAUAAAUCUGACUUGAAAGAGUGUGGCAUCGACCUCAAAGCAGCCUCAGUGUACUCAGGAAUGUUCCCACAGAUCUUUAAAGAGGAAAAAUUCCUGAACAAGGACAAAUUGUUCUGCUUCACCCAUUCGGGCCUUCAGGAGUUUCUGGCUGCUCUUCAUGUCCAUCAGACCUUCAUCAAGUCUGGGAUUGACCUACUGCAAGAGCAACAACAACAACCCUCCAGGGGGUCAAAAGCAAUGAAGAAGAGGCCAAAUAUUCACUUUCUCCAUCAGAGCGCUGUGAAUGAGGCCUUGAAGAGUCCAAAUGGACACCUGGACUUGUUCCUCCGCUUCCUCCUGGGUCUUUCACUGCAGACCAAUCAGAGUCUCCUUCAAGGUCUCCUGACAAAGACACGAAGUAACUCAGAGGCCAGGCAGGACACAUUAUGGUACAUCAAGGGGAAGCUGUUUGAGAGUGCAUCUGUAGAAAGAAGCAUCAAUCUGUUCCACUGUCUGAAUGAACUGAAUGACGUUUCUGUGAUGGAGGAGAUUGAAGCGCACCUGAGAUCAGCAAAUCUCACCACAUAUCCGCUGUCUCCUGCUCUGUGGUCAGCUCUGGUCUACAUCUUACUGUCAUCUGAAGAAGAUCUGAAGGAGUUUGACCCCAAGAAAUAUUCUGCUUCAGAGGAGGCUCUUCUGAAGCUGCUGCCAGUGGUCAAAGCCUCCAACAAAGCUCUGUUGAGGAACUGUGGUCUGUCAGAGAGAAGCUGUGGAGCUCUGUCUUCAGUUCUCAGCUCUCAGUCCUCCAGUCUGACACAUCUGGACCUGAGUAACAACGACCUGAAGAAUUCAGGAGUGAAGUUUCUAUCUUGCGGACUGGAGAGUCCUCAUUGUAAACUGGAAGCUCUCAGUCUGUCAGGGUGUCUGGUCUCAGAGGAAGGCUGUGCUUCUCUGGUCUCAGCUGUGAGAUCCAAGUCCUCCCAUCUGACAGAGCUGGACCUGAGCUACAACCAUCCAGGAGACUCAGGAGUCAAACUACUGUCUGCUGCUGUGGAGGAUCCACACUGCAAACUGAAGACUCUCAGGGUGGACCAUGGUGGACAGCAGAGGCUCAAACCUGGUCUGAGGAAGUAUUUCACCCAACUUGACCUGGAUGAAAACUCCAUGAGCAGAAAGCUCAAACUGUCCAACAACAACAGGAAGGUGACACAUGUGGAGGAAGAGCAGCCGUAUCCCGAUCAUUCAGACAGAUUUGGAGGCCACUGGACUCCUCAGCUGCUGUGUGGAAAUGAUCUGAGUGGUCGAUGCUACUGGGAGGUCGAGUGGAGCGGAGAUGUUGAUAUAUCAGUGAGCUACAGAGGAAUCAGGAGGAAAGGGGAGAGUUCUGAAUGUGUGUUUGGAUGGAAUAAUCAGUCCUGGAGUCUGAGGAGCUAUGAUAGCAAUUACUGUGUCUGGCACAACAACAUCGUAACAUACAUCUCCAGCGCUUCCUCCUCUGGUAGAGUAGCAGUGUAUGUGGACUGUCCUGCUGGCUCUCUGUCCUUCUUCAGAGUCUCCUCUGACUCUCUGAUCCACCUCUACACCUUCAACACCACAUUGACUCAACCUCUAUAUGCUGGAUUUGGAUUCUGGUCCCCUGGUUCUUCAGUGAGUCUGUGUCCUCUGUAGGAAGGACGUCUCUGUCUCUGACAGCAAGGAGGAGCAGG